CACUCCCCAGGACUAUCUUGGAUCAUGCUGCACAGACAUAUCACAUAUAUAUCGCAUUUAUCACAUUUAUGCCCCUAAUAUCCAGAGGGGGCCCACUUGCACAUUUAACUCAACUAAACAUGCAUCAUUAUCAUAUAUUCACAUAAAUCCACAUAUUAGCAUAUUAAAGCAUUUAUUGCCCUCCAGGCACACUAAUCAAGGCCCUAAGCCCGAUUAGAAAAUUCGGGUCGUUACAUUAUCAUUGUAUCUUCGAAGAGUACAAGUACUUUCGAGUCUCCCAGUGCUUUCUUGGAGCAACUAACGUCUUCUGCCGUGCAGAUGUUGGUGUACCUUCCAAGCGACUUGGGUGAAGAUGAUAGUUUACUUGUACGCCCUUCCAAGCCAUAUCUUUCUGGAAUGGGAACAAUUGCGUUGACGUCUGACAGUGUUAUGGUGUCGACGUUAGCAGAAGGUGGGGAGCCAGUUGCCCCCGUUGCUUCUGCUGCUGCAUUAACAAGGUGAGAAGUAAAUGACAGAGCGGGGGUCGUGUCUGAAUAUGGUCCUUCUGCAUCUACAGAGGUGAUGGAGGAGAUGCUACGCAUAAGCAGACCCCAUCUUCCUGCAAAAGCUGUUGGAUCGCUGAGUGGGCAAGGUGACUUGCUGCAACAAGUGUCGGACCAUAUUUGGAUGAGUUAUGUAUGUGCUUCUGCUGCAAGGCGAGAGUAUGCGGCGGCUGUACAGAAUAGCUCUAAACUGGCAGAACAGGCGCUGAAGUUGGAAGAGGAGCGGGCGGGGAGAAUGAUGGCCAAAGCGAAUCGAAAUGUGCUUGUGGAAGCCAUCAAAAAGUUAGAAACAGAGCUAGCAGAGGCUAAAAAGAAGGUGGGCGCCACAGAGGAGAAACUAGUAGGCACUGUCGGACUCGAGGUGGAGCGUGACAAACUGAAAGCUGAUUUGGUGGCAAUGAACAAUAAUUGGAUGGAGAGAAACCAAGUCUGCGCUCAACACGAAGCCCACAUGGGGAAGCUCGACAGCAUGAUAAAUGACCUUCAUGAGGAUAUAGUGUCGUUGCAGACAAAUAAAGAGAUUUUGGAGAAAGAAAAGAAAGAACUGCAACAAAAGUCAGAGGUGCCAGAGAUGAGCGUAGUAGAUGCCAGGAAGCAGAAGCUGGAGGUGGAACUCUAGUUAGAGAAGAAGCUGAAGAAAAAAGAAGAAGCGGUCACCAAAACUAAGAAGCAGUUGAAGGAGACGGCUGAGAGGGCAGAAGAGGAGGUAAUGGAAUCCAUGAGACAGCGCAUCCGAGAUCGUGAGCAUCGUGAGCAUUGCUGAUGACAUUGCUGUUGCAGGUGAGCAUCGUGAGCAGCGCAGAGGGCAGAAGAGGCGGCUGAUGACAUUGCUGUUGCAAGUGAGCAUCGUGAGUGGAUGAUGGUGCCCUUUUUAAGGCGAAUCUUCGAUAACCCACAGUGGUUAUACUCAACGUGGGCGCUGGAGGCACUAAUUAGAAGCGGCAUUCCGUACUACAUAUCGUGUGAGCGAUAUGGGUUAGGCCAUCCGAAGCUAGAGAGUACGAUGGCAGAGUACAUGUGCCGUAUUGAAUGGGAUUGAAUAUGACUAAGAGAAUAUUUGUAUAUAGUGGG